GUUGCUUGAGGUUGGAGAAUUGCUCCGGGAAUCCUGGCAGGAUCAGAAGUGCCGCGCGCUUCUUUCACAGUCGUCGCCGCCGGUGUUACUUCUGGACCCAAGUCUGAGCUUAUCGGUAGUGAUGCAGGGAGGCAUGCAGGUGGGCGGGUGUUUCCAGGUUGGGCAGUUGGGUGUUGCUCCCAUUUCAAACAGUCUGCUGCCUGAGCCCUGCACAUUGCAGGAGUUGAACAGCAAGCACACAUUCAAUAUGCUCGAUCCCGUGCUUUGCCGUCGCCCCAGACAUCUUCAGCUCGUUGCAUUGGGCUGCACGUCUGAACUCGAGCCAACGGUCGCCCUCACAUGGUGUAUGUUUGUUUCAGAAGCAUGUGCAGCUUGGAAGUCGGCUCAGACUUUUCAAUGCAGGUUCUUCGGAUCCAACGCACACGACACAAGUUGGAGCAUGAACUACGACACGAAGUGCUAUCAAUGUGGACCAAAGCUGAAGCUGGUGGAUUCCUUGCCCUUAGCCAAGUAUCGGAGAAUUCAGUCCCUGGCGGUUCUUCGCUACCCAUGGGAGGCCAAUCUCUUUGCAAGUAUUGAAGGCAUCCCAGCGUGGGUUCCAAGGCACGUCGUUGUUGUGGCUGGACCUCCUGCAGCAGGGAGCCUUGAAUGUAAAGAGAUGUUUGCAGACGCUACUUUUGCUAUGAAAGGCUCGCUAUGCGACGGCUUGGAGAAGCGUUAUGGCUUGGUCCACAUAUCACCAGGGCAGCUUCUACGAGAGGAGGUGGAGCGGGAGAACGAUCUUGGGCGCAAGGUGCAUCAGUUCAUGAUGGAGGGCAAGUUGGUUCCUCACGAGCUGGUGAUGAGCAUCAUGAGAGAGCGCAUGAGCAAACCGGAUAUUCUCACGCGAGGAUGUUUGUUGGACAACUUCCCUUUAACAGCCGGCCAGGCAUCUACAUUGGUGGGCAACAUGCGCGUGGACCAAGUGUUGCUGGUGAAGGUCCCGGACGAAGAGCUCCGGUUACGCUCCCUAGAGCGCCGGAUUGAUCCUCUGACUGGAAGGAUCUACCACCUGACGUUUCGACCACCACCGAGUGACCAACCCCAGGUGGCGCAGCGUUUGGUCCAGCGGAGUGACGACCAGGAAGAGUUGGUCUCCAAGCGCUUGGAGACUUAUAAGCGUCACAUCGAGACGAUUCUACCUUUCUUUAAAGACAAGGUGGUCUCCGUUGAUGGAACGAACUCUCCGGCAGAAGUUCUGGCCGAGGCAUGCCAGGCCAUGGACCAGUUGGAAUGGACAACCAGCGACCUGCCGUACUUUGGGAACGUGGCCUUUGCGGGUCCAUUUUCAAUCCAGCAGGCACGGCGAGCUGGCUUCUACUCGCCUGAUAAUCCACCGGAAGUGGGUGACCAGGUCGUAUGUUUCCAACGUGGGGCAAACUGGCAGCGUCGUGGCCAGGUUGAGGACAUCUCUGAGACCGUCAGUGAAGGCAGUGGGCUUCGCAAGGGGCAUGAGGGGAUGCUGGUGACCUUGUCAACAGGCACGGGCUCCUUCACCUGCUGGUCUGCAUUCUUGGCGCCCGUCAACGACAAGGAAUACUCAUCCCUUUGUACUACACAUGGACUGCUCUCCUCGCAUUUUGCCAGUUUGUACCCGUGCAGCAAGGGUGUUGGAGAUGUGGAGUUUGUUUCAAAGGAGGCUGCAAGAUGGAGCCUGGAGAAGUGGCUGAGCAACCUUGAAGAUGCUGACGGCGAGCCCUUUGAAAUCGAUGCUUCCAAGUUGCAGUCCUUGCUUGAGCUCUUCGACUCCCAUCAAGAUGCAUCACUCUACUUGUAUACUACGCAUCAGAAGUUAGGCCAGAGGGUCACUCUGAACACCGGCCAGGACUACUCACUGUACUAUCGCGCGCUUAACAAUACACUGAACUGUGACGCACGAAGCAAUCUGGAGAACGCCAUGCCCCUGAUUCAGCGCAUGGUGUACCUUCUCCUCUACGAUGAAGAGAAUGGCUCCAAACGUAUCCACGAAGGAGGUCGGGUGUGGAAGGGCGACACGCAGAGGCCCGUUCCAUUAAACAUGCAAAAGCUCAGGGAGGCAAUGCGUCUGGACCGUUUUGUCCGCUUUCGCCAGUUCCAGAGCACAACGCGAGAAAAGACUUUGGCAGAGAAGUAUCGUGCGAGGGAGGAUGGCAAGGGCUACCUCUGGACCAUCGACAUCCCUCCAGGCUUCUGGGGAGCGCGAGAUAUCCAGGACAUCUCCUGGAAGGAGAAGGAAAGCGAGACGCUCUUCCCGCCCUACUCUGCCUUCCGGGUUCAAAGCCUUGACGAGAGCGGCUGCCAUCUGCUGGCCGUGGAUCGUCGAGCCGAGCUCUUCAGUCGAGCAGAGAGACACGGCCUGCGUGGAUCAGCAGUGGAGCUUCUUGAGUACUAA